AUGGCUGAUCAACAGAGCAAGGUUGUGGUUCAUGCAGAGCAUACACCCGGGAUAUGUGAACUCUUACCCAUAAACGAGCUUUUCAAGAUCAAGGUCGGUCAGAAGGUAUUUGAGGUCUCAGGCGUCGUGUUGAAUUCGGAUGGCCCCAACUUCUUUACCAAGUUUUUUACCCAGCAUGACAAAGACGUUGUUCUGUUUGUCGAUAGAUCGGAGGAUGUGUUCAUCCCGAUCUACAGGCAUCUGCAAGGCUAUUUCCCCGAUGUUAAAGACGAAGUGGAGUAUCGCGUUCUUCUCACGGAUGCGUUGUACUUCCAGUUGCCAAAGUUGAUCGAACUCCUCAAGGAGAGUGAAUACUACUUUACCAACGUGGGCGGUGUCUCCUUCAGGGUGCCCAAAUCGUUAUUCCAUCAGGAAGGCAACAGGCAAAACUACUUCGAAAUAUUAUCCCGCUCAUUUUACAAGGAGAUUGAGAAGCGGGUGCUGGAUGAGCGGUUGGUUUUCUUUCUACAUCCACCCACGUAUGUUCCCAGGUCCGCAGAAUUCUUUCAAGAUCUGCUGUCUUUGUUAAGCGGCGCCGAAUUAGAACUCUCCGAAAAGAAAACAGAAUCCUUGAUCAAAGAGUGUCGCUAUUAUCGGUUCAGCAGGUUAGAGCAAGAAUUAGUGAAGGCGAAGACUAUCUAUAACCCCCUAACCAACGGCCAAGAAAUAUGCAUAGCUCUGAACAAUGUUUUCAAAAACAACGUCACGAUCGAAGAAUUAUCGUCGCCCUGUGCUCUAAACCAGUCACCAGCUGCAAAUAGCUGUCUCAGCCAAGUUACAGGGCGAAAUUCCGUCACCGCAAAUGAAACCGAAUCAAGUGAAAAUGAUGACUCCGAGCCACCAACCAAGAGGGCAAAACCGUCUGCAGAAAAAAACGAAAGACAAUGGAAUAUGAUCAAGUACCGAAGGCCUUAUAUCGACACGGUUUCAUAUGAUCUUAUAUUUCAACUGGGUUCUAAUCAGUGUAAGAUAAUAUUCAACAAAAAGGAUAAGACAGUCCAUGUAGACCUAUCCAAAGAGGCUGCGGAACUAUUUGAAAGGCAAUUUUCAGAUGUCCUGUUGAAAACUCCCAGCGGUAGAAUCGAUCUGUCCGAAUACAAAGUCAAACUCCGUGAAGGUAAAAACCAACCCGAGUCACAUCUGAUCAUCCCCGCAUGCGUCUCCAUCUGUGAUUUGGCGGUUAACGGUACGAAAUGCGCCAAUAUCUUUUCAUUAGUAAAUGAUUCCAAAUGUAAAGAAAGAGUUUUGGAUUGUACCAACUUGAAGAAUUUGAACUGUACACACGGUUUGAAGCUACAUUUAUCCAAAUCGAUGUGGAAAUUGGGCACAAAUAAUGGGAAAUUCAUUUUAAUUGCUGUUAAGGCAGAAACUUUUUCGGGGACGAAGGAAUAUUGCAAGAUGAUUGAUUUUCUGUAA